UCAACUGUUGCCAUGACAACUGGUACUCACCGGAAAGUCAGAAGUGAAAUCUGAAAAACUUAAAUGUUGUUCUUGAACACUGAAGCUGCUGUAGAUACUCUAGACUCAUUUCUGUUGUAUUCACGUUGAUUCAUGGGAGUUAUUCUGAAAGGAUAAUGCACCGGAUGAAAAUGCCGUCGACCUGUAAAGGUGGAUCCGUCGCAACACCGAGGCGAGGAGGUGAGGGGCAGGGGUCAGAGGGACUGCAGGGACUCGGGAUUCAGGAUAGACUGCAGGGACUCGGGAUUCAGGAUAGACUGCCGAGACUCGGGGUCCAGGAGAGACUGCAGGGACUCGGGGUUCAAGACUGGCUCGACGGAUCCAGAUAUGAAGGAACAUUUGUGAACGGACUGAAACACGGCGAAGGAAGGUACACCUGGAGAAAUGGAGAGUUCUAUGAGGGCUAUUUCCACAAAGACUACAAACAUGGUGAUGGACUUUACUGCUGGCCCACUGGCCACACAUUCAUCGGCAAGUUCUACCUCAACAGGAAGGAAGGAUAUGGGAAACAAGUGUUCCCUGAUAAAGCCACUUUCCAGGGUUUGUACCACGCAGACCAGAGGUUUGGUCCAGGUGUGGUUAGUGAUCCAGAUGGUUGUGAGGAUGUGGGUCUAUGGCUUGGGGAGCGGCUGCUAAAGCUUUGUACCACAGUAGAAGAGGGUUUUAGCAUGAAGAGCUUCCCUGAGUAUGCUUCCCACAUGGACCCAGCUAACAACACGGAUUCCCUCACUCAGCCCUCUACUGAUUAUCCCCUGACUCAAGCAAGGACACACUACAAGUUAUAUAUCGAGAGCGAUGUCCCUCCAGAUGAGGUUUUUAUCCUCCCUCCAGAAAUUGAGACUUACUCAACAGAUGGAGACCACUUGCCACUGCCCCCUGGCCGCAGAAGAGAGUUGGAUCAAUGCUUUUAUGGCGAGCUGUGGGAGCCUGAUGCUUAUCUGCACCAAGGCUACGAGCGAGACCCUCUCUCUACUCUGCCCUUACACUCCCGCAUGCAAACUCACAUACACAAACACAGACAACAGGCCAACAAUGUGGACUGGGAUGUGGCAGCUGUUCUCUCUUUGAACAGAGAUAGUUUUGGUCCUAAAGGGCCUUUAGAGGUGAGCUCAGAGUUGUUGAUCCAGCAUGCCUCCAGAGGUGAGCUGCAAGCUGUAAUGCAGAUCCUCCAGACCGGGGCGGUCCAUCCUGAUGUGGCUGAUUCACAUGGGCACACUGCACUGAUCGCUGCCACUGUUAACUGCCAUAAUAAUGUCAUCCACCUGUUGUUGGAUAUGGGUGCAGAUAUUGACAAGUUGAAUAGUGAAGGCAUGUCCGCCCUGGCUGUGUGCUUUGUCAUCUACUACCCUUUUCAGUCUCUGCACACCCCUUUUGUCGAGCCACCUGCCAAAACUCAAGCUUUGAGGUCUUCUUCUGCGUGUGGGAGCAGUCCUCAGAUCAGCCAAGUGGACUUGGCCACAGAUACAUUCAGCACCAAAGUGUUCAAUGACUACAAGCUUAUCACUGAGCUGAAGGAGCCGGAGACCUUUGCAGAAGCUAAACACCUGCAAGAGGAGGGGAGUAAAGGAAAUGAGGAUGAAGAAGAAGAGGGUGGAGAGUUUAUUCAGACAGAGAAAGCAGAGAGGGAAAGAGAGAAUAAGGAGGAGGACAAAGAGAAAGAAAGUGACAUGGAGAGCACACAGGAGUAUGGAGAAAGUGAGUUAAAAGAUCCUGAGCUUGAUGAGAAAAGAGAAGCAGAGAGGGAUGAUGUUGAAGUAAAGAAGGAAGACGAGAAGAAGGAAAAUGAGAGUGUGCCUGUUAGUGAACGCUGGAUGGAUUGUGAAGAUACGGCAGAAGGAGUUCAGGGCAAAGACAAAGAACUGACCCAUACAACGACUUUUGACUCCACCUGCUUGGACAGCAGCUACAACAUCCAGAAUACAGAGGGAGUGAUGCAGCAAUCGACAGAGACACUGAGUUGUAAAGGGCUCCCUCAGCUCUCUGGGACACAGGAUACAGUACAAAAAGCAGCUGCCGUGAAUAUGAAGAGCAGCGUACGUUUAAACACCCUGAAGCUGUUAUUGGAGCGAGGAGCUGAUCCCAAUGUAUGCAGGGUCCCCAUGCCUGUCCUGUUUUUAGCCAUUAUGGCGGCUGACCCUGAGGCCGUCAGGAGGCUGCUGCUGUGUGGAGCUCGCACUGAUAUUCCCCUUCCAAUCGAGAGGAAAGGCCUGUAUCCUCUGCAUUUAGCUGCAGCACUACCAGGUUCAGCAGGUCCCAAGAUCACAGAGUUGCUCCUCCACGCUGUCACUGACCCAGAUGCACAAGCAUGUGACCAGGACGAGAUAUACGAACUGGAUAAGAUCAACAAACCACUGAGCAUGAAUGAGAACAAUCUCAAAGCAGGAGGCCGGACAGCCCUGCAUGUGGCCUGUCAGAGAGACAGUGACCACAGGAAUGUCAGUAAAAUAGUAGCACUCCUGCUCUCCCACGGUGCCAGCACGGAUCUCCUCUGGAGUGGACACUCACCUCUCUCCCUGGCUAUUGCAUCUGGGAAUGACAUGGCAGUAGAGGAGCUGUUGAAGGGCGGAGCAAAUCCCAAUCUUCCCCUCGGUGGCAGGGUGGGCAGUGCUCUCUGUGCCCUCGCCAACUUCAAAUACCACUUAGGUGGCAACAGAGCUAAGCUGCUGGACAUGUUAGCCAAGGCAGGUGCCGACAUCUUGAUUCCAGUGAAGGUGGGCGAACUGGUUGGAAAUGCAGUAGAUUACGCGCACCACUCCUUUAACCAGGACUUGCGUAUUGCCCACACUCCCUUCCACGCUCUGAACAUGCGUGAGAGAGAAAUAUUCAAAACACGGCGCCAUCUGCUGAACAUGAUGGGAGAUCUGCUGAGACAGACCGCCUGCAAGAGGCACGGUAAGAAUUUGGACGAAGAACACCUCAAGUUGAAUAGGUCCUCUAAUGGAUCCCUUCCUAGCAGUGAAAGUCUGUCACCCAUCACAGGAAACCACAGGACUCCAGAGUUCAAGUUCUGCUAUCACUGCGGCCGCUCGGUGUCCGUGAAGCUGACUGCCUGUAGCCGCUGCCACAAGGUCUUCUACUGCUCCAGGAACUGCAAACUGAAAGCGUGGGAUGAACGACACAAGCAGGAGUGUGUCAGGGAGUCAGACGGUAAUCAGAGCGGCUCAGUUACAGCUCAGCAAACCAAAAUAACACCAGCCCCCAAACCAUACCCCAGGAGCACCAAAGGGCAGACCAGAAAAAUCACAGCAGCGGAUGACAUUCAGAGGAGUGCUGCGUUUAAAACCAAAGGAGGCCCCAGACCUUUGACUGCCAUGGUGAAACCUAAAACAGUCUCCAGGCCUUUGAUUGUGGAGUUGAAAUCCCAGAGACUUCCUGAGCCCUUGAGUAUGGCAGAGGUCCAAAACAACCUGAAGGAAAACUACAGCCACAACUGAUGGACACUAAAAUUAACCCUUCAAAUAACAGUACAACAUCAGCUACCUAAUAUCAGAUUUUUUUUCUAAUUUUGAUUCAAAAGUUUAUAUUUUUAAAUGAAUGAUGAUGACAGUAUUAUAUGCUACAAACAUUUCUUUUUCUUUUUUAAUUACGUAGGUUUGCAAUCUGUCACAGUACUGUAAUAACAGUGUAAUGUCUUUCCUUAUCUGUGCUACUGACAGAAUCCCAUUGGGGCUGCUCUGACAUAUUUUUAUUCGGAACAAAUUUUGUAUCUGGAUUCUUUUAUACAUUAACAAUCUAACUAACACAAUUACUGUCUUAAAUGUUAAUAUAUAUAGUUUUUUUUUUUAAAUAAAAUGUUUAAAGUACUGAACAAUUGGAGUCACCUCAGCUGUCAUGGAGGUGGACUAUGUAUUAUUGCAUCAGUUUUUUGGUAGCUCUACACAGUCAGGAUACUCACUGUUAACAUGAUGGAACUGUGUAGUGCCUUAAACUUUUAUUUAUUGACUUCCUAAACAGAGUAACCUUAAGUUGUGUCUUUUAUGAGUUAGUAUUUAAGAUAUUUAUACCAGGUAGAAAUACAGAAUACUUUCUCAGCAGUCAGUAGGAGACAGUAGAUUUGAUGGCCUUCCCUGUUGCACCACCCUGAGGACAAGUGCUCUAACAAUGUUUAAGUCAGUUCUGUUUGUUUCCAUUCCUUCAGACUUGUGUAUGAUUUAAAUACUAUUUUUGGGGUCAAGGGAAUUUGUUUUGAUUUAAAACAACACCUAGGAUCUGUGCAUUGUUGUGUUCAUCUGCUGGCCUCAGAAAAUGACUUGCAUUAAACUGAUGUGCAUCAAAAUUCAAACACUAAAUCCCACAUUUUGGUAAAUAUAACUCAUAUUAAAAACACAAAA